AUGUAUGUUCCUUGCGAUGUAUCUUCUCCUCCACGAUUCGUCGUUAACCUUGAUAUGCCUCCAGCAUUGAGAUGGCAACAUAUCGUACGUCUUCUAUAUGCAGAUCAACUUCAUGAAGUUGAGAAAAAGAUCGAAUCCAUGGUAGAUGAAAUUUUUGGUCAAUACAUAGGUCCUAUGCUUGAAAAAGUCCUAUCAACAAUUAUGGUCGGUAUAACACGAUUGGGACUAGUUUAUUAUGGGCAAGAAUUGAAAGGUCUCUCAAACGAUACUGGAAUACCAUUAGGUAGACUAGUAAUGAUGCAAUUUGUUUAUGAAUGUUUUGCAUGUUGUACGUCGUUUGUGUGUCAAGAUGAACAAACCAAUAUUCCAAUGCAUAUUAGAACCAUGGAUUGGGAAUUCGACUUUUUGAAACCAUUGACCAUCGAUGUUGAUUUUCAAGAGAAUGAUCAAACCGUUUUUAAAGCAACAACAUGGAUUGGCUAUGUUGGAAUUUUAACAGGAAUGAGAGUUCAAAACGGUUAUUCUGUAUCGGUUAAUUUUCGACAUGCAGGCGGACAAUUGACAACAAAUCUCAAAACCGCUUAA